UGAGACUUGUACAUUGGGGGGCACAGAAGCCAAUUGAUUUAGAAGCCAAUUGAUUUAGGGCUAAUUUGGCAUGUUAGUUGUUAUCUCAUCUUGAGAAGAUUGCAAAUUUGAUAGAUAGCUGCAAAUUGUAUAAGAUUGACUCUUAUGCUCUGUGAGAAGAGAAGCACUGAAGAUCUAAUUUUGAAUGUUGGUUCUGGUGAUACACUAGUUUCUGUUGCUGCUCUUGCUUGUGCUGUUGGUGGUGCUGCCCCUGCUCCUGCCCAUUCUGCUGCCCAAGGUGGUUUCUUGUCUAUCCAGCUUAUUGUUAUUUUGUAUGUGCCUAUUAGGAAAUGUCUGACUUUGUAGAUAGAUUUGUUUGGGUUCAACCGACUGAGUCUGGCUCCUAGUAUUUCAAUUUUUCCACCACAACCCACUUCCCUAAAAGCCUUAAAUGAUGUUUUCCCCUUAUGGGAUUUAAUUCCCCUGUUGUCCGGCCUUUUGGAUUUUGUAACUUGCCAUGUUCCAAUUGUUGAGCUUAGGCUAAUAAUAAUAUUUGUGUCAG